CAGUUAAAUUCGAACCGCCGAUCGCGGUGCGUUGCGAACGAGUCCGUCCUGCCGAUCGGAAUCCCGGAUUCAUCCAUCGUCCUCGCACGGAACGGUUUCUCUUCUACGUGGCUACAGAAUUGGAAGGUCAAGAUGGGGUGCGGAAUGGGAGUGAUCAAGUACCUGCUCUUCAUAUUUAACUUUAUUUUUGUGUUAUGCGGUCUGGCCAUCUUAGUCCUGGGCGUUUUAGUGCAUUUAGGAGACAAGAACUAUUACAAUGCAAAUUUUCAAGAAAUCACUGGUAAUGUUACGUUCCCAGCGAUAACACUGAUCGUCCUCGGCACCAUCAUCUUUAUUAUCGCCUUCUUCGGAUGCUGUGGAGCGAUUCGCGAGAGUCACUGCAUGGUCAUCACGUUUGCGUCUUUACUUUUGACGAUCCUGAUCAUACAAGUAGCUGUCGCAAUCUACGCGUUUGUUGUACUGAAGGAUACCGAGGACAUCAAGUUUAAGGAAGUAUAUGGAAAAAUCUUCAACAAAUACAGCGACAGUACUGAGGACAAACACUUUGUGGAUUUCAUACAGCAGGAAUUUGAAUGUUGUGGUAUUAAUGAGCCCGGAGAUUACAGCAGAAUUCUUAAAAUACCUAUUCCGGGAAGUUGCUGCCAUAAAAAUGCAGACAACGAGACAUGUGGACAAUCUGAGGCUUACAAGAAAGGUUGCGCAGGGGAAUUACAAGAUCUCUUUAAAUAUGUAUGCGCGGGAUUAGGAGGCGCCGCUCUGGGUAUCGCUGCAAUUGAGUUGGUCGGCAUCAUCUUUGCGCUAUGUCUGGCAAAUUCCAUAAAGAACGCCGAACGCAGAGGCUACAGCGUGUAAAAGUGGAACAUCGCGAAGGAUACAGCUUUAAGCGGGAAGCUUCUUAAUACGCAACAACGUUCUUACCCAUCUACUAUCGUCAACGUAUAUUCGCCUAUAAGAUGUGAUAAAGUAUUUACGUUUUACAUUCAGAACAGGUAAAAUUAAAUUACUUUUUUUUUCCAAACGGAAAGGAAGUGAGGAGCAAAGUGCCUCUUUAUGUUUCCUUUUCGAGUCUCUUCGCGUGUCGCCAGUCGUGACUAAAGCAUAAAGAUAAUAUAUUUUCAAUAAAUAUAUUUUUAUUUUUAACUUUAGGAAUUCUAUAUUAGGAAUCUAAUGUGGAAUUCGACACACGAUUUGGCAAAUGUUACCGUAAAGGCUCUGAAAUCAGUUUUUUUUGCGAAAACAGUUUUUUUUAUACUAUUAUAUAUAUUUUGAUACGAUAUCGCUUUGACUCACAUUUAUACUUGUUCUCGAUAAAAAUUUAAAAAAUACAAAAAAAGUCUGAUGAGUAAUUGUGUGGAGAUCGUUCUGCAUAAUGAUUAGUUUGAGUUGAAAUAAUAAUACUUUGUAUAUCCAGUACUGAGGAGCGAUACUAUUUUACAAAGUUAACAUUACAGAGAGAUUUUCUUAUAUGGUAAAAAUUUAUUAAUAAACUACAAGAUCGUACCUGCAGAAAAGAUCAUUUAAAUAUCGUUAAAAAACACGAAGUUGUCGUCUUUACAUAAAAUCCACUUUGUUUGUACAGCACACAGUAUAUACGGAUAUUGUCUAUAUACAUCUAUAUGUACUUUUUUCUUAUAAUAAAAGCUACUUUAUCUAUAAGAGAUCCCAUCGCCGUGUCUGUGCGCGACAAACAAACGAAAAAGGACGUUUAUACAACAGUAUUUUAGCGAUAGACGCGGCGAUAAAGUGUAUAUAAAAGCUGGGCAUACUAUAUACAAAAAUUAUUCUCAAAUAAAGUUGUUAAAUUCUCAUAGAUUACAUAGUCAAACUUAUUACAUUAUGCGUGUCAUAUAUUUAAUUAUAUAUUUCACGUUUUCGAUAUAAUGUAUAAACGUAUCCGCGAUUAGCGGAUUACUUUCGUUGUAAGACAAAACUACGUGCCCAGUUUUGUACAUCAGUUAAAUAAACAUCACAACAAAAGAUAAAGAUUCA